AUGUUAGAGUACCCAAUUUCACCUGAGCAUAUGGAUUGGUCGUCCUAUUACCCUUCUUAUGUGGAUGAAGAAGCGCCGCGGGAUGAGUCCAAGCCUCCGCGAAUGAAGCAAGAUGUUGAGAUUGUCGACAUCGGAUGUGGGUUUGGAGGUCUCCUUGUUGGUCUCGCUCCUGUUUUCCCAGACAAGCUCAUUCUUGGUCUGGAGAUCCGUACUACAGUAACGCAGUUUGUACAGGAAAAGAUAUGGGCACUGCGCGCGCAAAGCUCUGAAAAACUCUACCAGAAUGCGGCCUGCAUCCGCGCAAACACCAUGAAGUUCUUGCCCAACUUCUUCAAGAAGAGCCAGCUGAGCAAAAUAUUCAUCUGCUUCCCUGAUCCACACUUCAAAACGAAAAAGCACAAGGCCCGGAUUGUUUCAACAACACUCAAUUCCGAAUACGCUUACGCCCUACGGCCUGGCGGCAUUGUCUAUACCAUCACCGAUGUCGAGGCAUUGCACGAGUGGAUGGUGGAGCAUCUUGACGCCCAUCCAUCCUUUGAGCGGGUGAGCAAAGAAGAGGAGGAAAACGAUGAGUGCGUCAAGAUUAUGUUGAACGAGACGGAGGAGGGCAAGAAGGUGGAACGAAACAAGGGACAUAAAUUUGUAGCCCUAUUCCGCCGCAUGGAAGACCCCCCUUGGUAA